AUGGCCACCACCAGCACAAGCACCGAACUAUCAAGAUUUAUGAGUUUUUUAGUUGAGCAGGUAAAUGAUGCCACUGAGCCAAUGACAGUGCAAAGAGUAUUCACUCAAUUCAGUCAACUUGGAGCCGGUGUUCACAGUGAAGAUUAUUACGUUAGAAGAUUCCAUAGAAAGCUGGCUCCGAAAAUGGCUCGUUGGGACAAUUUCAGUAUUGAAGCCCGUGUACGACUGAUGUUCGGUUUAGAUGGAAAAGUUGCAGAUGAUUUUCUGAGACAAAUUCGCAUAUACGGAGCUGUUCAGCUUGACGAGAACAGACGAAUUUGCCAUUUUACUUCACAUGAUGGACAGGUGAAGCUCGAAAGCACGGAACUCACAGAGCUCAAGCAACAAGUCAAAGAAAAGAUUGGAACUGAUGAUGCUGAUAGUUUGCAAAUCACUGAUCUUCGUACAGUUUUCGAGGCAUUUUUCGUCGGAAUCAGUCGGAAAAUCAAAUCAUCUGCACCAAAUAACUCAACAUCUACUAUUUCAGCGAAGGAUUACCUGCUCAAGUUCAAUUUCAUCCUUCUCGGAUUGGACUGUUCUGAGUUUCGAGAGCUUCAGCAGACGGUCGAAAGAAAAAUCAACGAGCCGGAAAUUGCAAAUAAGGUUCUUCUGAUCAGCGACAUACACCGAGUAGUUCAAGGCCUGCUCUCCUUCAUUUCACACUAAUUUUAAUUUUUUUUGGUUUUAUCUGCCUUUUUUCUCCCUUUUUUCAUUUUUCUGUUGUUUUUUCGUUGAUAAUUGUAAUUUCCACAAUUUCCUGCGAGCAAGUGAAAUUUCCCUGUAUUGUUCUGUUAUGUUUUUGUUGGUAACGUAUAUUUCCUUCCAUUUUUUUUCCAAUUUAUAAAAGAUUUUUUCGUUAAA